AUGUCUGAACACGCGACAUCGGUUGAGGCAGUGUCUGCCCCGGUGGAUUCAUCGGUUGCGCGUCCAGAUAACGCGACUGCUGAGGGAAUUUCAUCCGGCGCCGAUGCCACUACUGGCGACAGCAAUGGGGUGACAGCGACUGAAACCAAGGAAGAGCUUCCAGUUGCCGAGGCUGCCAAAGAAGACAGCGAAGCCAAGGUUCUCCCCGAAGACGAAAAGCCAGCAGAGACCGCUACAGAGAAUGGGACAAAGGAUAUCGCCGACACAGUCGCGGAGAUCGCAGAAGCCACUGCAACUCCAUCGUCUGCGAACAAGUCCAAGGCGCGUCGCAAGUCAUCUGGCGUUCCGGAGCACAAGGGUCGAAAGCUCAACAAGAAGGAAUCCAAGGCAAAGAUGAGCAACAUUCACGCCCAGCCUGGGGAGUAUUACUUCAUCAAGUUGAGGGGGUUCCCAAAAUGGCCCGGGAUUGUUGCUUCUGAAGAUAUGCUCCCGGAUGCGAUCCUGAAAUCCCGCCCAGUGACUACUGCGAAGCCAGAUGGAACGUACAGGGAAGACUUUGCUGAGGGCGGGAAGAACACUCUGGACCGCACAUUUCCCGUAAUGUUCCUUGAAACAAAUCAAUUUGCCUGGACCCCUAACACCGACCUCGAACCUCUCGACACCAGCGUCGUCGGUGACGUUCCACAGGGCAAGAUGUCCAAAUCGUUGUACGCAGCGUAUCAAUUGGCUGCCGAAAAUCACGAUUUGGAUCAUUACAAGAACGUUCUUAGGGAGUUCGAGGUAUCCCGCCGCCGAGACGAAAAGGCGGCAAAGGAGGCUAUCGACGCAAAGAAAGCAGCAAAGGAAGCCAAGGCUUCGGCCAAGAAGGGCAAGAAAACCAAGGAGGUUGUUCAGGACGAGGAUGAGGAUGUUGAGAUGGCCGACGCGGGCGCAGAUGAGGCCGAGAAAGAAGACAAGCCCAAGGCGUCCAAGAAGCGCAAGGCUGUCGAUGAUGAGACCUCUACCCCGAAGCGAACAGAUUCGGUAAAGAAGCCAAAGCUGAAGCUUAUAAACUCUGCUCAGAAGGCAAAUGGAGCCGAAACUCCAAAGUCCGCCGCCAAAGAGAAAAAGGAGAAGGCUAAGCCCAAGUCCAAGAAGGCUGCUGCGGCGCCCGCGACGCCAAAGGAGCCAGAACUGAGCGCAGAGGAGAAGAGCAAGAAGAAAGAGAAAGAGGUUCGCUUUUUGCGCCACAAGCUCCAAAAGGGCCUCCUUGACAGCAUCAAGAAGCCAAGGGAAGACGAGAUGAAGCAAAUGUCUGAGUUUAUCACUAAACUUGAGGGAUACUCGGACCUGGAAGUUAGCAUUAUCCGCGCCACUAAGAUCAACAAGGUCUUGAAGGGCAUCCUCAAGAUCGAGGACAUCCCAAAGGAGGCUGAAUUUAAAUUCAGAGAACGUUCCACUGAGCUUCUGGCCAAAUGGAAUAAGAUCUUGGAGAGCGAUACCCCGGCACCAGCUUCGGCACAGGCCAACGGGACAUCGAAGGAGCAAGUUAAUGGAGAGUCGGCCACGGCAGAGGAUGGGACGAAGACAACCGGAUUAGAUAGGGCUGACGACACUCUUGCCCCCGAGGUGGACAUGGAGGAUGCCGAUGCUAAGGACGAACAAGAGAAGCCUGAAGAAGAGGGGAGGCCUCAAGAAGAGGAGAAGCCUGAGGAUGAGGAGAAGGCGGCCGAAGACAAGACCGAGGUCAUUGUGGCGGAGGCUACACCAGUUGAGGCUACUGCGUAA